AUCUCCUUGUUUUCAUCUUCUUGUGCCGCGCGCCGGCUAUUUUCCCCUCUCUCUCUCUCUCUCUCUCUCUCUCUCUGGGGUCCUGCCCUCCCCUCCCGGGGUCUCUAGGGAAAAAUUCUAGGAGAUAUCCGGCCCUAACCCUAACCCUAACCCUAAUUGUGGCUCGCUGUGGGGCUUUCUCGGGUCGCUAGGGCUGUCGUCUCCGAUCCGGAGCGCUCCGUCCUCUCAUUCGGAUCUCUAAUGCGCGGGAGCUCGAGCGAUUCUGCUGUUGGGAUCGGAGAUGGCGCUCGUUCCGGGGGUUUCCGAGGGUGCGGUCGUGGAAUUGGAUGUCGACAGCUCGGUGGAGUCCCUCGCGGCGCUCCUCGACUCGCAGAGGGAGCUCUUCCGCAGCCAGAUCGAUCAGCUUCAGAAGCUCGUCGCCGCCCAAUGCAAGCUCACCGGCGUCAACCCCCUCUCCCAGGAAAUGGCUGCUGGAGCACUAUCAAUAAAAAUUGGUAAAAUGCCAGGGGACUUGCUGAACCCAAAAGCAGUCAAUUAUAUGCAGUCAGUUUUCUCAGUCAAGGAUACCAUUGGCAAGAAGGAAACUCGUGAGAUUAGUGCUCUUUGUGGGAUUACAGUUACACAGGUUAGAGAAUUUUUUGCUGCUCAGCGUUCAAGGGUGAGAAAGCUUGUUCACUUGUCACAGGAGAAAGCUAUGAGAGUAGAGGCAUCCAGGGCAUCUAGUAAUGGAUGCUCCUUUAGUGCUCUACAGUCAGUUUCUGCUGAAAGUAUGAUAAGCAGGGAACAAAUACCAGUUGCUGGGAGUGCCAUGAUUAUUAAUAGUUUGAGAGAUGGCCAACAGGACACUUCGAUUUCGACUGACCUUAAGAAUGUUGAGGAAGGUCCUUCAUGCUCAGCGCUGGAAGAGAUUUUUCCUGGCAUUGACUCCAAUGAUAAAAAAUUUGUGGACAACAUUUUUAAUCUAAUGAGGAAGGAAGAGACAUUUUCUGGACAGGUGAAGCUGGUGGAUUGGAUUCUCCAAGUUCAUAAUUCGGCAGUCUUAAUUUGGUUUUUAACUAAAGGUGGUCUUACCAUUCUAGCAACAUGGUUGAGCCAAGCAGCUCAUGAAGAACAAACAACUGUGCUUCUUGUCAUUUUUAAGGUUCUCUGUCACCUGCCACUACAUAAAGCUUUGCCAGUACAAAUGUCUGCUGUCUUGCAAACUGUUAAUAGGCUGCGCUUUUAUAGGACAUCAGACAUAUCAAACAGGGCGAGAACCCUCCUUUCUAGAUGGAGCAAACUGUUUGUUAGAACUCAGGCUUUGAAGAAACCUCUUAUCUGUUCCUCCAAGGGUUCUCAGAAGGAGAUAAUUCGUAAACAAAGGAUCAGUGAAAUUCUUAGUGAUGAGUCAUGGCAAUCCAAUAUUGAUAUUCCUGAGGACAUUCUUGCCCUUACUGAAGAUAUGGAAAACAACAGGAAAUCAGAGUCAAAACAAGCAGUAAAGCUACUUCCAUCUUCUGCUGAUGAGUUAAGUAAAAAGCAUGGCCGAAGUGUCUCAUUGUCCAGAACCAAAGAACGCAGAAAAGUUUUACUGGUGGAGCAGCCUGAUCGUAAAACUUCAGGAAGAAGCAUGCAGGUUGCAAGAGCAGUACCUUCAAACCAUAGCCGUCCGAUGUCAGCUGAUGAUAUCCAGAAGGCAAAGUUGCGUGCAAUGUUCAUGCAGAAUAAGUAUGGCAAGGCUGACACAUCCAAUAGUGAAAAUAAGCUACAGAAAACAGAAGAUAAUCAUGAGCCUUCUCCAUCUCAGACUAGCAAUAUGUUGUCUGCAUCAAGGGUCCAUCAGUUACCUCCACUGGAAAAAGAUGGAGGGACAAAAGCUUCAAUAUCCACAGCAAAUAUUCGUCCCAACGAGUCAGAAACUUUGGUCAUUCCAAGACCAAACACAACUUCUCAGGAACAGUUGCUGGAGAAGUUGAAGUGCAGUCAAAUCCAAUGGCAGACACCUCCAGAGAUUAUAAAUGAUUCUAAAUGGCGUGUGGGCGCUGGGGAAAACAGCAAGGAAGUUGAAGUCCAGACGCAGAGAAAUCAGCGGGAAAAGGAGACGUUCUAUUCAAAACCGGAGGACAUUCCAUUGAAUGCAAAGGAACCUUGGGACCUAGAGAUGGAUUUCGAUGACAGCUUAACUCCCGAAAUCCCAACCGAGCCGCUACCGGAUGCCGACAUCACUGAAGACUCUGUAUGCUCUCCCUGCAACGUUGGAGCCUCCGAUAAUGGAACGCCUGCUGCUACCUCUGCUCCUCCUCCUCCUCCUCCUCCAAUCAGUAAUGGCAAUCCAGAGCCUGACCUCGAGUUGCUAACCGUGCUGCUCAAAAACCCAGAGCUGGUCUUUGCGCUGACCUCCGGUCAGGCGAAGAGCAUGACGAGUGAGCAGAUGGUGGCGUUGCUGGACGUGCUCAAGAGAAAUGGCGUAGGGUUGGCAGAAUUGGUGAACCGGGCGGCUGACGGCCUGGAGCAGAAGCCUCAGGAACCUAAACCCACCUCUCUUCCAUCUCCGACUCCUCCAUCAGAUCCAGCUGCAAGGGCCGGCUGGAGAUCAGAAUUCCCGAUCGGUCCGAGUACUCCCGCAGCAGUCCUUCCUGUGGUUGCUAUGACACAGGCUCCAGGUUUGGGGCUGCAUCCUCAUACUCCAACCACCCAUCUCUCAUCAAUGUCGCAGACGACAGUAACUAUUAAUCCGACAUCUCAACACCAUCCGUCUCUCAAUUUCCUUCCAAAGAGGCUUCAAGCACCCUCAGCUCACCAGAUUCGUACCUCUGUAUAUCCAUUGCAACAUCGCACAGUUCCUGAACCCAUCCUGCCUGCAAACCAAUACACAUCGGUACCUCGGCAGGAGUCCUUCAACCAUAAUCCUUCACCCAUGACUACUUUGCCUGCUUUCCCAUCAAGGUCGCAACCUCCAACGUUUUCUCCGAGAAUUCCCGCAUGGCCGCCCGGUGCUGCCGCGAGUGCCACCAGCGUUGGGAGGCCGAAUCCAACGCCAGACCCUUGGAUUGGUCGAUCAAAUGACGUGUCGGAGGGUCCGGUCCCUUUCUUGGCUGACCAAGUCAACCACAAUGCUCGCCCCAAGGGACCUGUGCCGCCACUUUUUGUGCCACCCAGGGAUAGAAAUGGGAUUCUGGAUGAUGGUUCAGAGGUAGAGACAUGGAGCCCAGAAGGCAGCCCUGUGAGAUUACGUGGCCGGGAUUAUUUUUCCGGGACAACAAGAGACCAUGGCCGGAAUCAUAGGCCUGAAUGGCCCCGGCGGUGGGAUGCCGGGAAUCGGGACCGCCACAGGCCUGGCAGUAAGCAAAGGUGGCCAGGCCGCGAUCGAGACAGGAGGCGAUGAUUUCGUGUAUGAUUUGUUUGCAGGGAGGAAUCCUCUUUCAGAUUUGUUGUGGGAUAGAGUAGAAUUGUGAAAUGUGAAUAGAUUAUAGAGCCUCCAGAUUCUAAUGAAACAUUCUGUUCCAAUUCCAGCUGGUGAUCAGUCACAAAAAAUAAAAAUAAAAAUAAAUUUCCAUUUUUUCUUUGCUCGAAUCCAGUCACUGUAGCCUCUAAAUUUUCAUCUCAAAAUAAAGUAAAGCUCCGGUCAACACA